AUGCAGGAUUCACGAUUCCAUGAAGAAGUUGACAAGAAAAUGGGGUAUAAAACCAGAAGUAUAUUAAGUAUGCCAUUAAAGGACAGGGAUGGUGUGGUAAUUGGAGUAGCCCAGGCCAUUAAUAAAAUUAGUCCUGCUGACGAACCUUUUGACGAACAUGACGAGAAGGUUUUUGGUUCGUAUCUGGCUUUCUGUGGUAUCGGCGUUAAAAAUGCUCAACUUUAUGAACGUUCUCAGUUAGAAAACAGACGAAAUCAGGUGUUACUAGAUCUAGCUCGUGUGAUAUUUGAAGAACAAAGUAACGUGGCCAAUCUGAUCCAUAAAAUCAUGAUGCAUACGCUGUCCUUGUUACAGUGUGAACGAUGUCAAGUUUUACUGGUAGACGAUUCUCAACAUCUAGGUUUGUUUUCACGGGUGUUUGAUUUACAACCUAGUGAUUUUGAUAACGAUGAUACCUACAACCGGGAAGGACCUCAAGAACCAAGAUUUCCUAUCAAUAUUGGUAUUACAGGGCUGGUGGCUAGAACAGGGGAGAUACUGAAUAUACCAGAUGCCUAUAAUGAUGACAGAUUCGACCCAUCUGUUGACGAGGAUACAAAUUUCCGAACUCAGUCGAUAUUAUGUAUGCCCAUUAUCAACGCCUCAGGUAAAAUCAUUGGAGUCAUGCAAUUGGUUAAUAAAGUUGAUAAAACACCAUUCAAUAAAAAUGAUGAAAAUAUUUUUGAGGCAUUUGCAAUAUUUUGUGGUAUGGGAAUAAACAAUACUCAGAUGUAUGAGACAACGUUAAAAGCCAUGGCGAAACAACGGAUAGCUCUAGAGGUCUUAUCUUAUCAUGCUACAGCACCUCUAGAAGAGGCCAACAGAUUGAAGAAAAUGAACAUUGCGUCGUCUCAGAGAUACAACCUAUUAGACUAUAGAUUUAGUGAUUUCUGUCUGGAUGAUGAUGACACGUUAAAAGCUACAAUAAGAAUGUUUUUAGAUCUAGAUCUACUAGAGACCUUCCAUAUUAAUUAUGAGAUAUUUUGUCGGUGGAUAUUGAGCGUGAAGAAAAAUUAUCGAAACGUCACAUAUCAUAACUGGAGACACGCGUUUAACGUCACACAAACCAUGUUCUGUAUGUUUAAAACCGGUCAUAUGAGUAAUAUAUUAACGAACACCGAGAGAUUAGCGUUAAUUAUCGGUUGUUUAUGUCACGAUCUAGAUCACCGUGGUACCAAUAAUCAAUUUCAAAUCAAAACGGACUCUCCGCUAUCAGAGCUGUAUUCCACCUCAGUUUUAGAACAUCAUCAUUUUGAUCAGUGUAUCAUGAUCACUAACGCAAAGGGAAAUGAUAUCCUAUGUAAUUUGUCUCAAGUUGAUUAUGAGAAAGUUCUGGGUUUAUUAGAAAAUGCUAUUUUAGCCACAGAUCUAGCCUUAUAUUUCAGAUAUCGUGGAGCGUUUUUUCAGUUGGUGAAUUCUGGAACAGCAGAUUGGUCAUUAGAAGAAAACCGAGACUUACUCAGAUCCAUGAUGAUGACUGUAUCAGACGUGUCAGCCAUUUCUAAACCCUGGGAGGUCCAGAAGAAAGUAGCAGAACUAGUGGCCAGUGAGUUUUUUGAGCAGGGAGAUCUUGAGAAACGAGAACUAAAAGUCCAACCGAGUGCCAUGAUGGACAGAGACCAGAAAGAUUUACUACCUUCUAUGCAAGUUGGUUUUAUAGACAAUAUCUGUAUGCCUGUAUAUGAAGCCAUCAGCAAAGUCUCUCCAAAAUUAGAACCAUUAUUAAAAGGGUGCCAAGAAAACCGAAAGCGCUGGUCGGAACUGGCAGAAAUCCAUACUAAGAAAUCUCAAGAAGAAAGUUUACAAGAAAAAAAUGACGAAGAUGAAGAUGAGAAAGAGUCAACAUCUUGA